AUGCCUAAAAUUCCUAGAAUAAUUCCUUGGACUUCACCCGAAGAAUUUACACAAGUUCAUGAAUGGUUAUAUUCAGAAAAUUUAAAUUUAAAAAAAUUAGGUGUCAAAAGGGUUAAAGCAUGGAUAAAUCGAGGAAAAGUUCCACAUUCUAUUAUAAGUACUUCUUCAUUUGUAGAAAUAACAUUGAGUGAUGAAUUUAAUGAAGGAAAAUUAUCCCAAUAUGAGUUAAGAUUAUUAUAUUCUAUAGUACUAAUAAGAUUUGUUAAUGGUUUGGUUGAUCCAAUUCAACAGAAUUAUUAUGCCAUUUCAAUUUCUACAUUAGCAGGGCAACUUAAUCUACCAUUAUGGUUUGUUGAAUUAAGGCAUGCUAGUACACAUCAAGAUCUUCCAAGUUUAAAUGUGCUAAGGAAUGCUUCCAAACAAGAAUUGAUCAAUUUAUGGUUACCAAUGUUAAAGAAAUUUGAUGAAACAUGGUCAAAUUUCAUUGAUGAGCUUGUCGAGGAAAUGUUGGAAAUAUUAGUUAAUAAUGAGGAUUAUUAUAAGGAUAAAAUUCUUCCUAAAUUAUCAAGCUCAAGAUUACCAUCACAUAAAUCAAUUUCAUCUUAUUUUUUAACUAUAGUCGAAUAUGAUGAGAAACUAAAAUCAAAUAGUCGACCAUUUCUAUCCUAUAUUGACAAAUUAGUUGAAGAUGCUCAUAAUAAUGACAAUGACAAUGAUGGUAAUAAUAAUAAUCUCGAAAAUCACAAUAUUGGAUUAUAUUCAUCAGAUUCUCAUCAAAAAAUAUCCAAUUAUUCAUCAUCAUCGCCAUCAACAUCAUCUAUGGUUUUAUUUAAUCCUGAAGAAUGGAAUCCAUGUCCUAUUGGAUGUUUAGUAAAUGGUCAAGUUCCUUGUUUAGAUUUACCAUUAGAAUUGGAUGACAAUAAUGACGAUGAUUCUAAUUUUUUUUGA